AUGAACACACCACAACAACAAAAAGAACAACAGAACAAAUAUGGCCAAGAAGAGGAAUACGGGACAGCCUUCCGUAGAAGCAGUAGGGUACUCAGGUCCCCCGUACUCAUCGCCACUCCAAAACAGACAGAAAAAAAUGGAGAAAAGACAGCCCCAAAGGAGACUCCGGUCACACAAGCAGCACCGGCAAAACAAAGAGAUGGGAAGAGCACCCCAGUUGUCGCUAAAGAAGGAACUCAAAACUCGCCGAAACAAGAGUACAUCACCCAAAUGAGACGGGCAGAAGAGGAAUCCCUAGAAAAGUGCAAGGGUAUAGUGCAAAAAAUGAAAUUGGCGAUGGCAAAACAAAAGAACGUCUGCAUGGACGUCAAGAAUGGAACGGCACAGCUAGACGAACUCUUCGACGUCAUAAAGAGCUACCGCAGAAACUGGCUCACCGCAGAAAACGAAAAAAGGCGACCACAUUUAAGCAGACGCAUCGCGACCCCCGAGUCAGCAGCCUCGAAGCGCCGUGCGACAAGCCCAGUCGAGCCGAGAGAAACAAAAGAGAGAGGUACAUGGCUAGAAGAUAGCAGCUCAACCGCCGCUAUAUGGCUACCACCAGGGAGUAACGCCACCACUGUAAGCAGUGGGAACGGCACCGGUUUCGUGUGGGCCAAGUGCGAAAUUUUUACAGUAAUUAGUUGCUACUUGACGCCAAGCGAUAAUACACAGGAAUUCCAAGAAAAGCUCGACAAUAUAGAGGAUACAGCCAGGACUAUAGAAGGCCAAUUGAUUAUCGCCAGAGACCUAAACGCCAGAGCCGUAGAGUGGGGUAUGCCAAACACUGACUCGAGAGGAAAGAUAAUUCUUGAAAUGACUGCGCGGCUAGGUCUAAUAGUGCUGAACACGGGAAAUGCAACCAUGUUCAGAAGACGGGGAUGCGAGGAAACCACACCAGACAUCACCCUUUCAACAGAACGCAUGGCAGGCUCAAUAAAUAAUUGGAAAGUCCUGGAGGACUACACUGGCAGUGAUCAUCACUACAUCUCUUUCAUGAUCGACACUGGAAGAAACGCUCACCAGCUCAGCAAAAAUAGUAGAACACGAAAGUGGAAUAUUUCGAAGCUAGACACAUCGAAAUUAGUCGCCGCAAUAGACGAGCAGAACCAAUCUAGCGACCCCUCCCUUAUAGCAAGAAAAACAGUCGAGCACACAAUGCUUAAUAUAACCAAAGCCUGCCAAAAAUCAAUGCCCAAGGUUACUCACAGCAAACGUAAAGCAGCAGUUUACUGGUGGACUGAAAACAUCGCCAAACACAGACGCACAUGCCUCCGACAUGCAGAUCUUAUACGAGAUCCAGGCGCAGAGGAGCCGCACCCCAAGAAGCCGAGUAAUACAAAGCAGCAAAAAAGGAGCUGA